UUGGCCCCGCCCACAGUGGGGCAAAGCUUCCCUGACAGGAAGCAAACUGGAUCUAAGCCUGCCACAGGCAAGAUGCUGGCAACAGUGCUGCUGCUACCCCUGCUGUGGGCUGGGUCCCUGCAGCAGUAUGGAGGACCGUACAAGCUGCAAGUCCAGAAGUCUGUGACGGUGCAGGAGGGCCUGUGUGUCCUGGUGCCCUGCUCCUUCUCCUACCCCUACCAUGCGUGGCCUUCUUUUGGACAGUUCUACAUGUCCUGGCUCCGGGUCCAAUACACCCCAUACGGUGAUUAUCCUGUGGCCACAAACAACCAAAGGCAUGCACUACAGAAAGAGAUCAAAGACCGAUUUCAACUUCUUGGGAACAUCUGGACCCGCAACUGCUCCCUCAGCAUCAGAGGCGCCAAAAUGGAGGACACAGGAACCUAUGUCUUCAGAAUAGAGCAAAAGGAGCAAAGAUAUUACGAAGAAAUUCAAACACAUGUUUAUGUAGAUAGUCCACUGAAUUUGCAGGUGACAGCCCUCACAGAGAAACCUGUUCUGCACAUUCCUGAGCCUCUGGAGUCCGGCCGUCCCACUCACUUGAGCUGCAGCCUGCCAGGAUCCUGCCAGGGGGGGCAACCCCUCACCUUCUCCUGGUUGGGGGAUGCCCUGCAGUUCAAAGACCCUGGGAGCCUGUAUUCCUCUGUGCUCACUCUCACCCCACGGCCCCAGGACCACAACACCAAUCUCACCUGCCGGGUAAAACUCAGAGGAUCUCAGGUGACCACAGAAAGUACCAGCAGGCUCAGUGUCUCCUAUGCUCCACAGAACCUCAGCAUCCUCCUCUUCUUCAGAAAUGGCACAGUCCUCCAGAUUCCACAAAAUGCCUCAUCCCUUUCCCUCAUCGAGAGCCAGCCUCUACAGCUGACCUGUGCUGUGGACAGCUACCCUCCUGCACAACUGAGCUGGUUCUGGGGAUCUUCUGACCUGAAUGACUCCCGUAUCUCCAGUACUGGGAUCCUGGAGCUGCCUUGUGUAGGGAAUGCAGAAAGAGCAAGCUUCACCUGCCGAGCUCAGAAUGCACGAGGCUCCCUAAAUGCUUCUGUGAGCCUCACCAUGUUUUGUGCCCCCCAGCUGCUGGGGCCCUGGUGCUCCCAGGAGGCUGAGGGUCUGCACUGCAGCUGCUCCUCCCGUGCUUGGCCUGCACCAUCCCUGGGCUGGUGGCUCAGGGAGAAGCUGCUGGUGGGGAACAGCAGCAACGCCUCCUUCACGGUCUCCUCCAGCUCUGCCGGGCCCUGGGCCAACAGCUCCCUGACCCUCCGUGAGGGACUCAACUCUGACCUCAGGCUCAGCUGCGAAUCCUGGAAUGUGCGUGGAGCCCAGAGGGCCACUGUCCUGCUGUUGCCAGGGAAAUCAGAACCUGGGACAGGAGCUGUAGUUGGAGCCCUUGGAGGUGCUGGUGCCAUGGUCCUGCUCUGUCUGAGUCUGUUCCUCAUCUUCUUUUGCAUUGUGAAGGCCCGGAGGACUCAAGCAGCUAGACGAUCAAAGAGAAUGGAUGAAAAGGACCCGGUCAGGGGUACAAUCACCUGGAGUUCCAAGCAGAAGUCUUGGCCAGACCACAUUCAAACCCAAGAGCCCCCUGUUGGCGAUGCCUUGCCCAGCCAGGAACAACAGGAACUCUAUUAUGCCUCUAUCAACUUUCCAAAGAUGAAGUCUUGUGAGAAUUCACCAGACAUUCGCAACUAUGAGACCAUAAGUGGUGCAGAAUACGAGGAGAUCAAGACAAGCAAGUGAAGAUGCACCCAGGGGUACACCCUGGCAGGAGGAGAUGCAACCUGUCUGGAGGAAAGGAAAAGUCAGGGACUAACCACUGGAGCCUGAAGAGUUCUUGUGAUAGUGUAGCUCUACUGUUAAGAGCAUCCCGAGGUAGACCAGAAGGACAGCUCAUGGGAUUAGACAGACUUGGGCUCAAACUCCUAAUUCCAGGAUUUUCUAAUACAUUUUAUUAAACAAUUCAUUUUUGUGUGC